CGGUAGUGUUGUUUGGGCAUCGGUCUAAAGCAGACGAUUGCUCAAUCUAAACAACUUUAAUUUUUACAAGUUGGGCAUUUUUGUAAAUGGGCAUUCUGUACAAGUGAUAUUUGGGACAAUUUGUAAUAAUGGUGCAAGUGAAAGUAUCUGAAGGAGUUCUGGAAGGCGAGGUGGUACACAAUGUGUAUCGAGGCACUUUGUACAGCAGCUUCAAAGGCAUCCCGUACGCGCAGCCGCCGGUCGGAGAUCUAAGGUUCAAGGCACCUCAACCACCGAAACCUUGGGAUGGAGUUCGAGAGGCUAAAGAAUUCGGACCAAAAUGUUUUCAAAAUGAUAUAUUCACCAACUCUGGUACCAUCGGCAGUGAGGACUGUUUAUAUCUUAAUGUUUAUACACCCAACGUAAACCCAGAUAAACCUUUGCCAGUCAUGUUCUGGGUACACGGAGGCGCCUUCGUCUCCGGAGGCGGUAAUGAUGACUUAUACGGCCCCGAAUUUCUCUUGAGGAAAGACGUCGUAGUCGUCACGAUCAACUACAGACUUGAAAUUCUUGGUUUCCUAUGCCUGGAUACUGAAGAUGUACCUGGCAACGCUGGCAUGAAGGAUCAAGUAGCAGCACUGAGAUGGGUGAAUAAAAAUAUUGCCAAUUUCGGUGGAGACCCUAACAACAUCACUGUUUUCGGAGAAAGUGCUGGCGGAGCCAGUGUCAGUUACCUCUUAAUAUCGCCGAUGACCAAAGGUCUUUUCAAGAGGGCGAUACCACAAAGCGGUGCUGCUUUGUGUGACUGGGCACAGGCAGUGAGGCCCCGGGAAAGAGCCUUAGCAUUGGCAAGGAAAUUGGGAUGCGACUCUGAAGACGAUAAGGAGUUGUAUGAAUUUUUCAAAAAUCAACCACUUGAAUCACUAAUUAAUGCGAGAGCUCACAUAUCGUUAGCAGAAGCUAAAAAAAAUUUAGACGUUUAUUUUAGCAUUGUGGAUGAAAAGAAGUUUGGCGACAAUGAAAGAUUUUUCUACGGAAGUGUAGUCGACGCUGUGACUAACGGUAUCCAUGAAGGCGUUGACAUUAUGACUGGAUUUACCACAGACGAAGGUCUUAUUUGUAUUGCAAAAGACACAAUCAAUGAGAAUUUAGACUUGGUAAGGAACUUCCCAGAAAUUUUAGUAACCAGAGAUCAUUUAUUUAAUAUGUCAGUACAUCAGCAGAUUGAGCUUGGAAAGAAAAUCAGAAAGUUUUAUUUCAAAGAUGGGGUAAGAAUACCUGAGGACUGGGAGCAAUUGGUGAAGUAUUAUUCAAUGACUGUGUUCAUAUAUCCCACAAUGAAGUUUGCUAAAAUCUGUGCUACUGCUAAGAAGAAUAAAGUUUAUUUGUACAAAUUUUCUUGUAAAUCUGAGAGAAACGUCAUCGCGCAUUUGAGAGGACUGACGGAACUGAUCGGAAGCAAACCUGUCACAGCCCAUGCUGACGACGUGCUGUACAUGUUUGACGCCAAGCUACUUGAUAAGAAGGUCAUCACGAAAUCUUACACAUUCAAGCUAAUUGAUACAGUCACAACACUAUGGACGAACUUUGCUAAAUACGGAAACCCGACUCCUGACAACAACCUGGGUGUGACAUGGGCACCAUUUUCUCUGGAGAAUGAAGAAUAUCUGGACAUCGGUCAUGAACUGGUUCCCGGGGUAAAGCCUGAAAAUGAAGAAGUACAAUUCUGGCAAAAAGUCGAUGAAAAUUUCUGUUUACCCGAAAAGUAUGUCCGAGCUGAUGAAUUGGGAUUUUAAGUAUUUUUACCCACAGUUAUAAUGUAAAUGUGUGUUCAACGGUUUAUUUGCCUAUCUUGGAUAUUAUAAAAUAGAUUAUCUAGCGUGGAAAUAUAAAUUGUUUAUUUUA